AUGCAUAUUAUCUUGGAACAUAUUGAGAAUGGAGUUACUAUUCCUCACAGAACCUAUCUGAAAACACCUGCUGAGUUCUCGGAUGAGGAUAAUGAGCUGAUAAAUCUGGAUGUAACUCUACAGCUCAUUCUGAUCGAAUCAUUGGAUCCAGUAAUGUACAAUAAUGUUGUCAAUUGUACAAGUGCUAAGCAGAUAUGGGACACUCUGCAAAUUAUCAAUGAAGGAUCUGAGGAAGUACGGGAAAACAAGAAGGAAAUUCUUGUGGCUCAAUAUGAGCAAUUUGGUUCUAAUCCCGGAGAAGGAAUUUCUGAAGUAUUCAUCAGAUUCAACAAUUUGAUAAACAAUCUGAAUCUGAACGGGAAAUACUACGACAACAAAGAGAUGAACCUGAAGUUUUUGCUGACACUCCCUGAGCAUCUGGAGCAUAGGAUAACCGCCAUCAGAGAAAGCAGAGAUUUGACAGAGAUCUCAUUGGAACAGCUGUAUGGGGUUCUGAAAACCUAUGAAUUGGAACAGGCUCAAACUAAACAGAGAUACGGAUGGGGAAAGACACUGAACACGUCUACGUCUGUCAGCAAUUCUACUGCCCUCAUAAUACAAUCACCUCUUGUGAAAGAAAGGAAGGUUGUUGUACCUUCAAGAAGCUCCCAAGAGUAUGUUGUGCCGGAAAUGGGACAUACUUCAGUAAGUACGGGAGAUGAUGAAUUUUACUCGAUGGAAGAGUUAGAUCAGCUGGAGGAUGAAUCUCUUGCUAUGUUUGCCAGGAAGUUUGGCAACAUGAGAUUCAGGAAGAAUCCCUCAUACAGAUUUAAAUCUUCUGGUAAUAAAUUCCAGAAAGGGGGAUCUUCGUCCACUUCAAAAGGGGCUUAUAAGACUGGGAUGGUUGAUCGAAGCAAGUUUAAAUGUUUCAACUGUGAUGAGCCUGGUCACUUUGCAUCGGAGUGCAAGAAGCCCAAUCAGCUGGCAAAGAAGAAAGAAUCUUAUGACGAGCUAAAGCAUAAAUAUGAGGCUCUGCUAAAGAAGCAUCAAGGCCAAAGCAUCCAAGGGAAGUCCUAUGUGGCAAAAGGAAAAAGCUGGGAUGACACAGAUAGUGAAGAGGAGGAAGAGCGGGGAAUUGUUGCUCUAAUGGCUUUCAUGGAACCUUCUAAACCUCCACAUCGCACUGGUGGAUUUCCGGUAGAUCCUACUUGCCCUAAACUAUUUAUGCAAUUAGGACUUGAACGUGAUGACGCUCGUAAUAAGCUCAAAGCUCUGACUCUUGAACACAAAGCUUUAAAGCAAGAAGUUCAUGAGUUAAAGUUAAAAGAAAAACUUGUUCUCAACCCUAAAAUUGAACAACUAACUAGUCAGUUAUUGACUCAGACUAAUAAAGUCGAAGUGUUAGAAUUUAGGGAGAAAAAGUUGAAUGAGCAGUUAGCUGAAGAGAAGGUUAGGUGCCUUGCUUAUAAGGAGUCGACUAAUAUUGUUAAGAACCUAGUUGACCAACAAGUGAUUAAAAGGAAAGUUGAAAACACAACACCUAGAAAGCACAUGAAUAGUAAGUUUGCAAAAACCAAGACUGCUGGUCCUUCUCCUAUCAAGAAGGAUACUUAUGUUCCUAAGCCUAAACCUAAAGUGUUCAAGGCUGUUUGUAGGAAAGUAAGUACAGUCAAGGUGGAUGCUAAUGUUAUUCGAACAGGAUCUAUUGUCAAAGCUGACAAAGGUCAAUUCUUUAAGUAUGCCGGGCCCAACCAAGUUUGGGUUCCGAAGAUGGUUUAA